CGCUUUUGCAGAAUAAGGUAUUGUUUUGAUCGUUUUUUAAAGCAUGCUUUGAACGCUACGCUGUGUCCACAUGCAGGGAUACGUUGACUGCCACUGUCACAUCUCCUCUAAGGAUUUUGACAAGGACUUAGAGGAGGUGGUGGAGAGUUCAAAACAGGCUGGAUUGUUAGCCAUAUUAGCCGUAGCCGAACAUGCUGGGGAAUUUGAGAAGAUCAUUGAGUUGUCACAGAGGUUUCCAGGUUUUAUUUUCCCGUGCCUGGGAGUCCACCCGGUUCAGGAAGUUUCCCCGGAGCAGCAGAGGGGCGCGUCUCUCCAGGAUCUAGAUGCUGCUCUGCCUUUAAUAGAGAAAUACAAAGACCAGCUGGUGGCCAUCGGAGAGGUCGGUCUGGAUUUCACGCCCCGGUUUGUGAGAGGCGAGACGGAUAAAGACGUCCAGAGGAAAGUUCUGAUCCGUCAGGCUCAGAUCGCCAAAGAGCUGGAUCUGCCUCUAAAUGUUCACUCCCGUUCUGCAGGACGACCCACCAUCCAGCUGCUCAGGGAACUAGGGGUGGAGAAGGCUCUUCUCCAUGCGUUUGAUGGGAAGCCGUCGGUGGCCAUGGAGGGGGUGAAAGCUGGGUAUUUCUUCUCCAUCCCCCCCUCUAUCAUCCGCAGUGAGCAGAAGCAGAAGCUGGUGAAACAGCUGCCGUUAGAAAACAUCUGUCUGGAGACGGAUUCUCCCGCUUUGGGUCCGGAGAAACAGGUGAGGAACGAGCCGAGGAACGUGGUGGUUUCUGCAGAGUUCAUCAGUCGGGUCAAAGGAGUCUCUCUGCAGACGGUGAUGGACGUCACCACGCAGAACGCCCUCAGACUCUUCCCCAAGAUAACGUCCAAACUCAGACCCUAAAACACACCCUAAACAUCUAGUAACAUGUAAUGCAGUGUAUAAUCAGACCAGGUGUAAGAAGAAGGAAAUAUCAGCUUCUCAAACCUGGAGUGUUUGCAGGUAGUUGAGAUAGAAGGGGACAGUGGGCUAAGGAGUUCUCUUACUUUUAGAUGGUACAUUUACUAGAAAAAAACUCACAUAUUUCCCCCAGAAAGUUGUGCAUAUUCUCAAAACAAAUUAAAAGGUUAUUGUACAGUAAGAUACUAAUACAUUUACACCCAAAAACUUGGAUAUACUUUAACAUUUAAAGGGGACCUAUCAUGCAAAAUGCACUUUUGUACGUCUUUUAUACAUGAAUAUGUGUCCCCGGUGUUCCAGGGAACUCACCAAGUGUCAGAAAAUACAACCCUCUCUAUUUUCCUCCAUACCCAAAUCUCUAAAAAAGGGGCUGCAACGGAUCUGAUAAAAACUGAUCCAGAUUUGAACACUGUCCUGACGUCAGGACGGUGGCGCUACGGCUAUUGGGCCAACUCCACCAAUCAGGAGGAGACAGCCACGGCCAUUGCCGUUCUAAAGCGCUGGAGACGCUGUAGUACAUAUGCCAGGCCUGUAGAUGGUGCUGUUCUCACUGAAUCUGCCCUUGCUAAAACAGAGCUAAAAAUUGUCAAAUUGAGCAAAAUGAGGCAUGGCUAAAAUGCAUGAUCUGUUUGGUAUUUUGAAAAAAAUAAAGUAUAAAUAUAUAUAG